AUGAACAUGAGACUGGCCUGCGAAACAUCGACAGGGGGCCAUUUGCCCAACUCGCAAGUAUAUGGGCUGUCCACAAUACCGGCUUUACGUGCCCAUGAAGAGCACCCCACAAGCUUGACCGACCCAAAUUUUCAACAUUACGACCGUUACGAACGUUACGACCACCCAACCACUUUGUAUCAGCGCCAGCAGCAGCACCUUCCUCCUCGCACCCCCACUCCCCUCCUCACCCGCGAUCACGACGGACGAUCCACGCCCUCCUCGCACAGAUCUCUCAGACGCACUCCCAAGUUCGAGGCUGCCGCUUCUAGCCCUAGAUCCAGCCAGCGAACUCCUCGAAGGGUCCAUAUCGAGGCUGUCUCUGUAGGAAUAAGUCCCGUUGCACGAUACGUGACAGCCGGUUCCUCGGAGACCCCUCUCGAUAAGGGAAAGGCCAAAGAAGUUCUACCACCACUCCCGGAGCAGAGCCAAACCCGCCAAGACUCCCCUGCACCUGAAAGGCCUGUUCGCCAGCCCCCCAGGCGGAUACUCUCCCAAGAUCUCAGCGAGGAUCCCAACGAUCAAGAUUCUACUGCUCCCGCACAGUCUCCCAGAGAAAAGCGCGUCUCGUUUGUGCCACAGAAGACAGGGCUCGAACCUCAUCCCGUCGUUCGCAUCUCCAAGCACACUCACAGUGCCAUCCUCUGGGCACUCGAGGAAGCCUUGCGUUAUCCUAACCCAUUCACCCCGGACCUGAUUGAAGAGAGCGCAUCGAUGGCCGAUCUCCUACAUGGAGGCCCGGCGACGACCAAUGGGCAGGCUUCAGGAUCAUCGCGCCCAACGGCCCCGCCGGCUCCCGUAGGCUCGCCCGCAAGCGGCAUACGUGGUCCUAAGAUGAUCAUGCAGGAACGGCGCGAGCGUGAGCAGCGGCGCAAGGACGAAGCAACGCGUCGAGAAGCCGAGGCGCGUGAGAGAGAGGAAUUGGAACGCGACGCACAGGCCGAGCAGGAGCAGCGCGUAUGGGAGGAGCGCGAACGUCAGCUCCGGCUCGAGCAACAGAGGCAGCAGGAGAUCUCAAAGGAACUCCAGAUGCGCGAGCGCGAGCGUAGGGCUCAACAACAACAAGCUGCUGGCGCUGAUAUACCACCCCAAUCAUUAGAUCCAGCAAUCCAACGGAGGCAACAGAGAGCCGCCGAGGCGCAUGCAGCGCGGUUAUUAGAUGCACAACGACACGUGUCACAAACGCAGGGCCUUGCGGCAGGACAGCAUUUGUCGCACGGCUCACAGCACAGAAGGCCUUCACAAACCCAACAGACAGGAGCACAACAGGCAGCAGGUCCCAGCUUCUCGGGCCCGCCCCCAACUUCAGCAGUGCCAGCUCCUACAAGUGGACCUGGCUACCAGACUGCCGAGCCGUCUGCAACAGGCGCCAACUCGAGCCGUCCUAGGAACUCGUUUCCGCACGCCUUUGAGCGAUGGGAGGCUCUGUCAGCACACUGGGAGGGCCUGACCAGCUUCUGGAUUCGUCGCCUGCAGCAGCACGCCGAGGAGAUUGAGCGCGACCCGCUCUCGCAGCAGCUUGCGAGACAGAACACCGACCUCUCGGCCGCGGGCGCCAAUCUCUUCCAUGCAGUGGUCGAGCUGCAGCGACUGCGCGCCUCUUCUGAGCGCAAGUUUCAGCGCUGGUUCUUUGAGACCCGGACGGAAAUUGAGAAGCUUCAGGAGCAAAAUGCUAUCCUGAAUAGGACCUUGGAAGAAGAGAGGCAGCAACACGCAGAUGCUAUCCGCGACGCAGUAGAGCAUGAGGGCGCCAAUAGCAAGAUACAGCGGCAGUUGGCCGAGAUGCGCAAAGAGCUGCUGAUCAGCAAGGAGGAGGCACGGCGGGCCUGGGAGGAGCUGGGCAGGAGAGAGGAGGCGGAGAGGGAAUGGACCCAGAGUCUGCAACAAGGUCUGCCCACUAGUGUCGGUGGUGUCCAGGUCGUGCCGAUGAACGCAGGCAUCCCUUCGCGCAACGCCAGUACGAGAGAUGGCUCACAGCCGCAACAACAGCCGCAGCAGCAACAGCAGCAGCAGCAGGUCGAGUAUGGUUCAUCGGCACAAGCCGGACCGAGUGACAAUGGCCGUGGAUCACACCGGCCAGCGUCAUCCGGUGGGUACAGCGCAAACAUGCCGCCAACAACAAGCAGUGGCGGUCAGGCGUACUACCAACCACAAAUGCCGGCAGCGGCUUCAGUACAUGAGCAGCGAAGCUACGGCGACGGUCGGUCAGAGGGAGGCUACAGCGAAGGCGAGUAUGCCAUCGACUCGCACGGCAAUUUCAUCCGCGAUUCGAUGGGGAACAAGAUUCCUUUCCGUGGUGGCACCACAUCACCUGCCGAGGAGGGAGCGCCUUCUGACCUGGGACACCACAUGGCCGAGGACUACGACAUGAUGCCGCCCGGGAGCUCUCACAGUGGCGGUAUCCCGCCAGCGCUGACGUACCCGCCCCCGCCACGGGAGCCUCCUCAGUGGCAGCAGGAGCCUCAGCCCCCAGCUGCAGACUAUGCCGGUCAGGGAUAUGGCGCUCCCGGAUGGGAGACAGUGCCGAGGCACAGACACCCAACGCGUUUGAGUGUGAUUGAGGAAGACGAGAGGAGUCGUGCCAGCAAGACCACGAGCCAGAUCAGUCGACCUUGA